AUGGUCAUAACCCAAGGUGUAGCGUCUCGGGUCGUGCGCCCGUCGCAGUCGUCUGCCCCUGGUUCCGGAGUCGACCCGCCUGAGAUGCCUGAAAGCCCUGCGGUAGAUGUGUCGUCUAGACUGGCAACAUGGUUUGGGCCGGUCGCAACUCUACCUGCUGUCUUGACAUCACCGCUCUGGGCUAUCCGCGAUCAUCUGCUGCAUCCCGAGAGUAUAUAUAUCCCUCCUGUCCUUUGUUCGAAAGAAAAGAUCGAGCUCGUCGACGCAACAUCAUCGCCCGCUAUCGGUCCCACCGAAAACGACCCAGUUUCGAAAACUGGACCAGCAUACCUCACCCAAGCCGACCUCCACCGGCCCUUGCCCUAG